GGGACUUUUAUACAAAACGUAGAACUGAGCGACUGUCACUUAAAACUGAAUUUACUUCUGCGCCAGGGGUGGGUCGCUGCUGGUCUUCAUUAACAUUAAUUAAAAAAAAAAAUAAUCAGCAGGGGCGUCUUCUGGCCGGUCGUCGUGUUUCCUGUCGAGACCAGUGCACCUACGACUGUCACUGCAUGUCUCGCCGUGGAUGUCACAGCAUGCCAAGGGAAACAACUACUGUUACCUGUCCCCCUCCCUCUCCACCACCACCCCGCACAGGUGCGCUCGUCGCAAGCGAGAGACACACGGAAACACCAGCGCGCCAGGGGACAAACAAAAUGGCGUCCGCAGCGCCUGAUUCAGAUGAAGAGGGAUCAGACCACCUGUACUCAGAGGAAGCUCAGUUGACGCUGAAGGAAUUCGUCACCACGUACACCUUACCGCAGACGGUGGCCAUCACGGAAGGCAGCUUCAUGUCACACAGCGCGUUACUUGCACGCGGCGAUGUCCUUGUUCUUAACGGCCUGGCACCUCCUCAGGUGCAUCUGACAUUCUAUGAAACAGCAACAAGAGUGCAGCGCGAAGUGACGGUGAGUACUGAGUUACCAACAAAGUUUAUUGUCUUGCCUCCUAAAGAGGCAGGGGACGAUGAUAGUGAGUGUCCAUCUUUGUCGAAACACAGACCACUCUCUGUGGUGUCCUACCCAACAAUUGCUGACUUGCUCAUGGAUUGUCCUACUUGUUUUGAAGCAAACACAUCUUACGAUGAUCCAUAUUUGCCUGGAUUUUCUAUCAAGCCCGGUGAUAAAUUUCGUUUUGUUAAAACGAUUGUAGAUUCGAAAGACAAAGUUAGUAUCAGACUACAGUGUCGAACAGAAAGUGGAGAGAUCAUCAGCUUAUCUUCCAGCUGCAGAGGCAAUUUCACAGUGGUCAAGGAUGAAACUGUUUACACACUUCAAGAGUUAAUAAGAUUAGCAAAUGUUCCAAGACGCUUAAAAUUAGCACCAGAAAAUGGUGUUCUUAUAGAUUUUGGUGAUUCAUCAAGAGAUCUUGAUGAUGAAAUUACUGGUAUUCCAGGAAUGCCAUCAACAUUCACUGGUGUUAUUUGUAUGUCAAAGCCAGAGGAAGCGAUAGAUGUAACACCCUUAGAUAACCCAGAUACAAACUGGAAGAUACCAGUCUCCGCAAACCUGCAUGUGCGGCUCCAUGGAUCUUCCAGUGACUAUGAAGAACCAGUUAGAAAAAAGAUACAGCCUCAAAGCAUCAGUAGCUUUGCUGCUCAGUAUGAGUAUCAGCUUCCCAUUCAUGCAGGAUUACUUCGUUACCAUGGACUUCCCCAAAAAUUGGCAGAUUGUCUUGGAAUCUAUAAAGAUAUAAUUGCUCAUGAGGUAAUGCACUCAAAGAAACUGUUCGUUAAAGAUCCAAAGAAAAACAACUACUUAUGCAUCAGAGAAUCAGAAAAUAUUAAUUUUGUAGAGACACCUCGUAUGUUUUCUAGUGUUCUGGAACUUUUGUCACUACCUAAUGGAUCAAAUGUGCAAAUCUUGGCUGACAUUGCAGCUGACUUUCCACAACCAUUCAUUCUGAAGUAUGGAGACAUCCUACGUGUCAAAAAAUAUGAAACAGAGUCUUGGAAACCAAAGAAAGGAGAAUUUUUUAAAUUCAGAAAUGUAAAAAGCAGUGAAUUCUGGAAAUCCAAACUCAGCUCUUCAGGAGAAGUGACUGUGUUAAAAUGUAUACGGCUGGGGCCAGACGGAGGGAAACUGGAUAAAUUAAAGCUUCCUUUGGAUCUUGAAGUCAGUAUGGUUCAGAAAACAGAUCCAGCAGACCUCAAGGUUAUUAGUAUAGCUGACAUUUUUUCUGGCAAGGAACACAUACCUUCAGGGAAUGUUUCUGUGGUUGAAGGAAAAGGUGGAAGUUACUCACGUUUACCAACAGAAUUCCAAAUACUUCAGGUGCUCACAGAAAAAGAAAUCCUUAUUUCUCCAUUAGAUUCAGCUUCUGCAAUAAGCCCUCUUGUGGAAACUGGUGUCCUUAUUCCACUUCGAUAUAAUAUCACGAUGGGUUUUAAGCGCAAACUUGAGUUUCCAGAUGGCUACUUUGUCAUGCCACCAGCCCAUAAGAUAUUGUGUGAAAAUGUUGAAGAGAUCACUGAAAGUGAAUAUGAAGAACUAGAACGUGCUAAAAAGUUAGCUACAGAGUAUGAGGAUGUUGGCAUCAGUGGCAAAAAUCAGACCAGUUGCAAAGGAGGCACAGGCGUCGACAGUAUAGGAAGCCAUUCUGGUGCUUCAAGUGAUAGUUCACUUCCAAGAACAAUAUCAACAGGAUCAUUGGAGCAACGCAAAAAGACUAUGGACCAAGUCAAACGGCUGAGCAAAGCAUUUAAUCCAAAGAAUUGGAAGUUUUCCCGUGCUGCUGCAGCAGAGAGUGAGGUGACACUUCCCCCCCCAGGUUAUACAGCCUCUGGAAUUUUGACCCUAGCCCUCCAGCCCCCUCAGGCUGCUGCCAACGUUUAUCAGGGGGAUGUUGGCGAUUGCCCUUCCCUCCAAUCUCCCAAAAGUAAAAAACAAGAUUCUGAGACAGCCAAAAAAGGAGCUAAACUUUGGGAGCACUCAGACGAUUCAGAUGAUCCUUAUGAAGAUGUGAAUAUUGCUCAUCCUCCUGUUCAGAUGACAAAGUCACUGCAGGCAGGUCAGUCAGGCAGCAGCAUGUCACGAUCAGGACACCUUAAGAUGUCUUUAUCUGCGUCAGCUGAAAAUGUCAGUUUGACACAAAGAGAUAAAGAGUACGCAAAACCUAUACCAAAAGUAAAAUCACCAACACAGCCAUCCCACAAAAAGGUUACAGAAUGUCUGUCUGAAAAGAUGAGUUACAGAGAAGAUGAUACUUCUGUGGCUUCAGCAGACCUGGUAGCACUUGAUUCAUUAAAGAAAUCUCCUAAACCAAGAAGACCACGACGAAAAAUUGAUGCCAUUGGUGACAGCUGUAGUGAAGAUGGCAAUAGUUUUGAUGCUACUGGACUAGCAGAAAGAGUAUUGGAAGUUAAUGUUAGUAAGACUGACUUCAGAAAUGUGAUACAAGCAGAAACUUGUGAAAAACAAAAAACCUCUGAAACUGUAAAUAAUCAUCGACCACCAAAGCCUGCACCGCCCCCAAAACCAGUGGUCCCUCUUGAUUCCCGUAUGCCUCUCAAACCAGUGGUAGCCUUUGAUUGCACUUUGCUGCCAAAUCCAGUAGUAUCUACUAAUCACAAUGUGCCUCCAAAAUUACCUGUAGCCCCCAGUAACAAUGUACCUCCAAAAUCUGCAUCAUCAUCAAACCCAGCAGUGCCAAAUAAGAUUGAAUCAGACUCUCCAGUAUCAGCAAACUCUGGAAAGAGGCCGGUUGCACCACCAAGAACAAAGGGAAUAAAAUCAGAUGCAACAGAGUGUAUGUCACUUUCUGAAGGACAGGGGGCCAGACCAAAGGUGCUGCCAAGAGAAAAGAAAAAGUGAGAGAUGCAUGUAGCUGAUUCAGCCAUUAUCAUCAUCUCUAGGUGGCAGAUGAGAUGUUUAUACAGACAUCUGCAAAGGUGCAUGGUGACUUUCACUGGAAAAGGCCAAAGAGUGUGAAUGUUCCUUUCAGUUUGUGAUCCAUUUAUUCUGAGCUUGGAUCAGGUGACCUUGAGCUUUAUUCUUCAUGGAGGACCAAUCUUCAUUUGAGCUGUGUUCAUGCAAAUCAGGGAUCUUGGGGUUCAGUUCUUAAUCUGAUGAUCUUUUUUAGCGUGAUGUGCUUGCUAGAUCUGGUGAAACUGAUGUGCUCAACAACAUAUAGUCUUAUUUCUGUCCUCAGUUAUUUUUAAUUGCUCAUAUGCUUUUUUAAAUGUUGGAAUUUAAAAGGAUUUUCUUUCUUACAAGUAUUUAAAAAAAAAUCUACUUUACACAUAUUUAACUUUUAAAUUAUAUAGUUUUGUAUUUUAUAAUGAUAGUUGAGGAUUUAUGCAGAUCUGCUGGUUUUUGCUUUUUUGGUUGUUUCUAAUAUUGAAGAGCAUUUCAUCGCAUUAUCACUGAGAUCACUAGAGAUAAAUCAUUUCUGCAAUAAUUUAGCAAUUCUUUUAGCCCCACACCACUCUCUUCCCAGAUUUGAUGAUACAGGUUCACCCAGGUAAUAGCCGUCCAGAGAUUGUCAAGAUCAUUGAUCCUCUCAAAGAUACAUUGAACCUGAGAAGAUUGUCCUAUUAAUAUCAAUGUUGGUCUUUUGUAUUAUGCUUCCAGUACAAUCCAUUUUGCAUUACACUAGAUCUUGAACUUUUGUAUCCAUUUUCCUUCAUAUUCUGAAUGGACCACAAGUUAAAGGUCUCAUCAAAAAUCUGCAUGUGCUGUCAGUUAAAAAAACAACUCUACAUGCAUACUACAGCUUUUUUUUUUCACCACAGUCAUCCAUACCUAUCAACAAUUACUGUGGGAUGGUUAAAAUAAUAAUCUGCAUUACGUGUUUAUCUCCACAAAAUAUAGUAACAUGUACAAAGAAUUUAUUAGUAUACUUUAAAAUCUUUCAAUUUCUGUGCAAGUUUGUAUACAUAUCAUAACAUAUUUAUUGGUGAAAUUGUUAAACUUGCAAAUGUAAGAACAAGAUCAUUUUUAAUAAUCUGACUUAAAACAGGCCAGAAUGUUGCAUGUUGCCCUGACCAGCUAAACAGUAGAUGGUUAUAAAUGCCAUGUCAAAUGGCAUCCUUGGUUAACAGUGGCAAAGUCACUUAAAGCAUUGCUUUUAAGAUGCUUUCCUGACUUUUAUAGGCUUUAACCUCCUCUAGCUUAAACUUCAGGAUUGUCCAAAUGUGUGCUUCAGGGUUUGUCACAAUGGUAGCAAGAAGUGAUGUAACAGAUUUUGUUUUAUUCUUAUCGGCAUAGAAUGAGAGUUUGUUGAACCUGGAUGCAUAAUUUAACAUCUGAACAAUUGGUAGCCUGGGCACAUUGUAAAGCCACAACUAUAGAAGGCUGAUUAUGAAAGUGUGCAAAACCAAACAGCUCAUUCUGUCACAGUAACAAACUACACCAUCUGUUUUACAUGCUUGGUACUCAACGUUCGUGUUGGGCUAAAUUGAUUUGUGUAAUACGAUGGUAAUCUAUGUAAUGUGCAAUAUUUUUAUUUUUUAUCUGAAACCUGUGAAAGUGAAAGUAUGUACUCAGCAUUAAAACAUCAUGAUGAAGGCUUCCUUAUAUACAUAUACACAAAAGAUCUGUUCCAUUGGUCUGUAGUUUGGUACGAAGUUUUACACUAUUCUGCAGGACUUUCAGACAACACCUCGGUGAUGGUUGACGUUUUUAGCCUCUUGCUUGUGACCAACCUAGAGCUGUGAAAACUCGUGUAAAUAUAAUCUAAUUAUUUCACUAUUAAAAAAAGCUGAUAGUACUACAGGGCAUUGGCAAGAAAGUACCUGACUCUACUCCUGUUUAGUGUCUAUCAUUCGCUUAUGAUUAUUGUCAUUAGUGACUUAAAGGUGGAUUGUAGGAAGAAAUGGUUUCAUGCAUGUGAGGGAAGGUAGGAGUACACGGGGUGCUGGUAACUAGCGGUCAGUUGUCUCUAAUUACUACCCUGUGGAUACUUCUACCUUUCCUUGCCCAGGCAAAACCAUUUUCAAAACUGCCCACAAGAAGUUCUGCCUUUAAGAACCAAUUUUAGAUAAGGAUUGAUAUCGAAUACUGCUGAUAUUAAUUUGUUGUCUUUGGUGACAUUGUGGAUUUCUGUGUAAAAAAUUAUACUCCUUCUAUGAAGUCAUUGAUGCAGAAAGGAAGAAUAUGAAUAUAGUAAUGGGGGUAGUGCGUUAUAAGCGACAUGCCUGCUUAAUUAUUAAAAAUACUACAUUUUAAACCCAACAGUGUAUUCAGCAUGGAGUACCAGCACGAGUCCUAGAGCUUUGGCUGACUGUACCCUUUAUCUCAUUUAAUGGUGUGUUUGAGCAUAUACUGUGUGUGGAUUUAGCUUAAAAUUAUGACAGUAAUUGAACCAUUUAUUUGGUAAGACUUUAAAAUGUUUUCUGUACGUGCUUUCAUGCUUAUGUUGUACAGCUGAGAUUAUAGCUUGUAAUUAUUGCUGAUAUUAUCUUAAAAUUGCAAUAUUUAGAUUGAAAUAUAUAUAUCAUCAAAGUUUCUUUCCCUAAUACAAUUAUAGGCUUGAAGAAAGUGUAGAAUGUUCACUUUUGAUCAUUUCUGCUUUGUGAUUAUCUUGAUAGUUUACAAAGAAAUAUUAUAAGACCCACAUAGUGUUUUCCAAGUUAAGUAUGUAAAUAAUGUUGAUUGCUGCUGCACGUUUGUUGCUUAGAGCUAGGAAACAGGACAUCACCCCUCUCCUUCAUUUUCAACACAGGCUAGGCUUCCCAUCUGUUCUCUCAUCCAGUACAAACUGUAAGUGCUGUGUUUUAAUUUCUUUGAUGGUACCUGUCCUGAUUAUUUCCCUUACGUCUCAGGUAGACGACUACGCUCCUCGUCUGAUGAUCGUCUCCUUACUCUUCCUGCCACCAGAACAACCUAUGGCCACAGGAUUUUUAGUUGUUGUGCAGUGAAACAAUGGAAUUCUCUUCCUUCCAUAUCUGCCAUAUGUUGUU